GUAACCGUCUACUAUAUAUAAGAGGACUUAAGCGGCUGUAAACAAAACCCUCGAAUUUCCCUUUUCGGUGCCUGAGAUAAAUCUACGGCCGCCAUAGAAAAUCCGGUUAAGGUAGAACGAAAGAGAUGCCGGGAUUGACUUGCAACGCGUGCAACAAGGAAUUUGCAGAUGAUGUCGAGCAAAAACUCCAUUACAAAUCCGAGUGGCACCGAUACAACCUCAAACGCAAGGUGGCGGGUGUCCCAGGGGUGACUGAAGCGCUAUUCAUAGCCAGACAAUCUGCACUUGCAGCAGAAAAAAGAAAGAUAGAUGAGGCUCCCAUGGUUUACAGCUGUGGUCUUUGUGGUAAAGGGUAUAGAAGUUCUAAAGCCCACGCGCAGCACCUGAACUCCAAAACUCACUUUUUGAGGGCUUCUGAAGGGAGCAGCGGCAAUGGUGUCGGGAGUACAAUCAUAAAGCCUCUUACACGCCGUGCUCCAAAAGAGCCGUCUCAUCAUGCGGUGCAAGAAGAUGGGGAAAGUGAAGACAGUGAAUGGGAAGAAGUCGAUCCCGAAGAGGACUUAAUUGACGAGGCCCGUGAUUCAUUGGGAAAGCUUAAUGUGGAUGGGAACCCUUCAAAUGCUGACAUGGAUGAGGAUGAGGAUGCGGAGUUUGAGGACUUGGAUCCGUCUAGUUGUUUUAUGUGUGAUUUGGAGCAUGACACAAUCGAGAGCUGCAUGGUUCAUAUGCACAAGCAGCACGGGUUCUUCAUUCCCGAUGUUGAGUAUCUGAAAGAUCCCAAAGGUCUUCUCACAUACCUUGGCCUCAAGGUAAAGAGGGACUUUAUCUGUUUGUACUGCAACUGGAGAUGCCAUCCUUUCAGUAGUCUGGAAGCUGUUAGAAAGCACAUGGAAGCAAAAAGUCACUGCAAAGUGCACUAUGGUGAUGGAACUGAAGAUGAGGAAGCAGAACUGGAAGAAUUUUACGAUUACAGCAGCAGUUACGUGGAUGUUGACGGGAAGCAAAUAGUUGCUGUUGACGACUUGAAUAAUGCAAUUCAACUGGGUAGCGGUGGAUCGGAGCUGAUUAUAACCAGGCAAAAUGAUGGCUUGAAAUCAACUAAAAUGCUUGGCUCUCGGGAGUAUUUGAGAUACUACCGUCAGAAACCCCGCCCUACCUCUGCCAAUGGUGCCAUUACUGCAGCUUUAGCAUCAAGACUCCAAUCCAGAAAAAAAUCACUUGUUAAAGAGUGGCUUUUGGAAAUACCUGCCCUUCUCCUGUUUGCUUGUUCUUUGCUUGUUCUGGUAUAUAAGAGCAUGGGUCUGGCAACUGUGCAGUCGAGAGAAAAUAUGGUCCGGAUGAAAGUGAUCAAGGCAAUGAACAAGAAUGGUGUUGAGGUCAUGCGCUCUAAGAUUGGGAUGAAAAGUAAUGUCAUACGCAAUCUCCCCAAGAACGUCCCGUAUUAGUCUUUGCAGUUACUUUCUACUUGAACUUUGAAGACAUGAAGAACUCGGGUGUUUGAAAGCAAGUGAUGGGAUUAUUGCAGAGAGAACGAAGAACUCACAGACAAUUUUUCUAAUUUUCCAUAUCUGAUAAACAAUAACUGCUCGUACACGAGAUACACGA